UGAUUAAUUCACUAGGGCACCCGCAAUAAAACCCUUGUCGACCGGAGAGUUCAAAAAGUUGGCCGAGACAGAGAGAAAGAGAAAAUAAGAAUGGGUGACAGGGGAGGAGGAGGAGAUAGCAGCAGCGAAGAGGAAGACGAUCCCAAGUGGAAAGCCGCCAUCAAUUCCAUAGUCACCACCACAGCUUACGCCGCCUCCGCCACGAAAGCCGCCGCCGCAGCAGCUGCUACUCAGCAACACGAAGAUGGAGAGUUUCGACUCAAACCUAAAAAGCUAACACAUGCCCAAAUCAAGGUGAAGAAGCUAUUGAAUGAGAUGGUGGAGAAUACUUUAGACUUUGUGAAGGAUCCUACUCUCACUCUUGUUCCCCAAGAUGAUGAAGAACCAGAGAAUGACUGUGGAGUUCGGCUGUUUAAGCGCUGUUCAACUGGCAUAGUCUUUGAUCAUGUAGAUGAGCUUCAAGGACCUAAGAAGAAGCCUAAUUUACACCCUUCUAGAGGACUUGAAGCAAGCUCUAAAGAGUUUAAGAAACGAAUAGAAUCGAUUGCUGUUGACGGGUCGGAUGUAUUGUCUGCUGCUGUGGAAUCAGCUAAGAAAGCCUCAGCUAGACUAGAGGCUAAAGAAGCGGCUGCUAAAGCUAAAGCCAAGAAAGAAGAAGAGAGAGUCGCUGAACUUAAGAAAGUAAGAGGAGAGAAAUGGCUACCUUCCGUUGCACGUGCAUUGCAGCUAAACAAAAAUUCAACAGGGAGAUCUGCAAAAUCCUAAACAUCCAUCCAUUCACUCAACUUGUAUGUCAAGUUAGGAGGGAGAGAGAUCAUUUAUUCUUGAUGUAGUGAUGAUAGUGAAGUUCUUCAGAUUUGAAAGGAAAUCCUUCUUGUCCAUCUUUUAUAUCUCCUCAACUUUCAUGAUCACAUAAAUGAUACAUUUCGAUUAUUACAUGAGAAAUUCACACAA